AUGGUGCUACGACUCUUUGUACCGCCUGGCGAGGGCCAGCAUUGCCUGGUUCCCAAACGGCCAGAUCCCAUUGGCGCAAAUGCCACGCUCCAGUCGUCUGUUGUUUCGUCGACGCUGCUCGCCGCAGUGUAUACUUCGUUUGCUACGACGUUCAACCAAAGAGUAGCGCCCCAACAAGCAAUAUCCCCCACUGUCCUCUUUGUGCGGUCGGCUGCUCGUCUGGGCGUUGCCGCUGGCCUCGCAGGCGCCGCCGUCAACUGGUACUACUAUUCGGCUUUUGCAAAUGUCGUCGUCGAAGACCAGGUGCCGGAGCGCACCAAGUGGCGCCUGUACGAAUGGUCAAAGAGAUACACGGUCGAAGACGGCGCCUUGGCCGGCGCUGCUCUCGGACUGUCUGCCUCGAUACCUAUGCUGCUCAUGCGCCGCCCUGCCAUCCCGCGCUGGACGCGAUGUCUGGGCAUGGCCAACAUUGGCGCCUGUACGGGUGUGGUGGGCGCCCAUGCCUACUUCCAGUACACUGGCGAACGGCAAAAGGCUUACCGUCGCCUUGACGGGCUGCGGAAGCGGAGAUCACUCGAGUUCUGGCCCAUCUUCUGGAACAAGGAGCUCAUGUCCAGGCUAAGUCCCAUUAUGCAGCACUACGUCCGGCAUAACGGUAUCUGGUACACACAGCUGUUGCCGGAUGACGUCUUUGAGCAAAGGGACCAUGUCUGGACUCAAUUGGUUGAGUUCGAGAACGCUGCAACGAAGCCGACGAACCAAGUUGAUACCGUGGAAGUACAGACAGUAGAGCAGAGCCACGAGUUGCCAUUCUAUUCGGAGCCAAUCGACUACGCCACAGAUCUCAAGCAAAUCGACGUCGACAGCACAAAAUAUAAGCUAGAAGAGAUGCAAGUCGAGAAGGCCAUGCUACUCGAAGAAGCAGAGUACCUGCUGUGUCUCAACGCACAACAGCGGUACGAGUACUGCCACAUGGGCGCCAUGGAUCACGACGAGCGCCAGAGACGGCUGCGCGAGAUACAUGUCGUCGAUAUAGCAUACAACCGCCUACGCAAUGCUGCGGAUGCGCUGGACAUCAAAAUCAUCCAAUGGCGCAUGUCGCUCCGGCACAAGGCCGCAUGGGAAAAGCCGUCGGGAGACGACCAGGUUGCCGACUGGUUGCCCGAGCCCCGGUGGAUCAGCUUUGCCACGCACAAGCCCACAUUUUCAACCCUCGAGAUUGUAAAGAUGCAGCGGCAGGUGGAUGCAGAGGUGCAGCAGUUCGAGCAAGGCAGCAUGGACGCUGCAUGUUCCAAGGACAAGCGAGAGAGGUGGACCAAGGAUGCCGAGGACGGCCGGGUGAUACUGCGUGCCUCGGACCAUGUCCUCUUUCGAAUGGAAAAGGCGAGCAAGACAGCCGGUGACCAUGGCCCUUUCCCCGUAGAGAAGCUGGAUUCUGCCAACGAGCCGACGUCUACGAGCGAGGAGGUCGCCGGACCAGCCAUAGAAGGCAUGCUCGUGAGAAAAGACGUGGCCGAACCGCCUGCUGGCAGCCUGGAGCCGGGCAAAUCGUGA